UUGGCUCUGGGUCCACCUCAUAAAGCCGGGGGCGAGGGGCGCGCCGCGCUCUGGAGAAGCCGUGGAGGGGCACUGUGGUCUGACAGUCCCCGCAGGCUCAGUCGCAGCCCUGCGGAGACAUGCCCCGGAGCCCCCGGCCCGCGCCCCGGAGCCCCCGGCCCGCGCCGAGCUGGGCGCUGCUGCUGCGGUUGCUGGCGCUGCUGCGGCCGCCGGGGCUGGGCGAGGCGUGCAGCUGCGCCCCCGCGCACCCCCAGCAGCACGUCUGCCACUCGGCGCUCGCUAUCCGGGCCAAGAUCUCCAGUGAGAAGGUAGUUCCUGCCAGCGCAGACCCUGCUGACCCUCAAAAAAUGAUCCGGUAUGAAAUCAAACAGAUAAAGAUGUUCAAAGGGUUUGAGAAAGUCAACGAUAUUCAAUAUAUUUAUACGCCUUUUGAUUCCUCCCUCUGUGGGGUGAAACUGGAAGCUAACAGCCAGAAGCAGUAUCUCCUGACUGGUCAGAUCCUCAGUGAUGGGAAAGUCUUUGUCCAUCUGUGCAACUACAUAGAGCCCUGGGAGAACCUAUCCUUUCUGCAGAGAGAAAGUCUAAAUCACCACUACCAUCUGAACUGUGGCUGCCAAAUCACCACCUGCUAUAUAGUGCCCUGCACCAUCUCGGCUCCCAACGAGUGCCUCUGGACAGACUGGCUAUUGGAACGGAAGCUCUACGGGUACCAGGCCCAGCAUUAUGUCUGCAUGAAGCAUGUUGAUGGCACCUGUAGCUGGUACCAGGGACGCUUGCCCCUCAGGAAGGAGUUUGUUGACAUCAUCCAGCCCUAAGAGGGAUUGCCACAACCCUUUGAGAGUCCCGAAGACCAAGCCCUUUUCCUUCCUGGCAGGGCGCUGGCUGUCCCCACCUGCUUCAUGGAUGCCAGACAAGGGGAAGUAUCAGGUGGAUGGUAUGGCCAGCAUGGGGGCAGGGAUGGGGCGUGUGGCAGCUUGUGUCCGGGACCCCAGUCCAGAACACGUCAGGCCAAGGGCUAGGGAAAGUAGCAGGACUUUUCUCUCCCACCCUCAGCUCUUCAUCCUUGCCUCCAAACCUUCUAGUUGAGCUGGUAUUUGUUACUGAUUCUGGCUUAGUUUCUGUUUUCAAAGCUAGGACUAUUCCUUUUUCUCCCCAGAUAAGUGUGUUUUCUUUUUAUCUUAACUGAUCUGACACGGGAGAAAUGAUGACUGUUAUACAUAUGAGAUGGGGUGGCCUUGUGCGAUAUAAGACCAGAAGGUGGGUGACAGUAUCAUAAACAGGCUGACUUGGAGAAAUGAAAAGAACAACAUCCUCUGGCUGUGUUUCAUCUACUCCUCCAGUCUCAACUCAUUCUGAUCCUCUGAUACGCUUUCACCUGUUUAGGGGAGUGACAAAGGGGGACAAGGAGUCAUUCAGUGUGAAGCCUACAAUGUAAUCCCCUCUAUACCAUUCUUGGCACAGGGCCUGGUCCAGUUAGCAAGACAAGAAUAGACUUGGGUAUUGUCUCUCCAGGUUGACUAUACUUAAUGUCUUCAACUGCUGUCCAAAAGGCUUCUCCUCUGUCUCCUUUAGAAAGUCCUUCUCUACUAGAUUACUAAUAUUUUCAUUACUACUUCAAAACCUUUUUUAAGCGUAAAAAAAAAAAAAAAAAGCCUUUCUGUUAUAGAGUUGAAAUUCCCCCUUAGCUUUUGAAACCUCACAGAGAUCCUGGCGGUGGGGGGUGGGUGUCCUCUCUUGAGGGCACGUUUUAGGCUAGAGGACAGGAGAAAAAGAACACAAGGGCCCUUGGGGGAAAGGAUGGUAGGUGAGGAAUAUACUUUGCAAGUGUUACAGUUCUUCAAGUGGUCAGCCUGCUUUGAGAACCGCUCCCCCCAGCCUUCUGCUCAGUCCUCUUGGACACCCUGAAAUCUACAAGCACAGCCCCUGAGGGUUCCUCUGCCUCUACAAGCCUUCCUGACUUGUCCUGAUGCGGGUCUUAAGGAUUUAUCAGGGACAAGUGCUUAAAGUUCCAGGGCCUCUCCCGGGGAAGCUCUGGCAAAGAUGGAGAAGGUAGUUCUUCCCAAGGCCCCAAGGUUCUAUACAGCUUGCUGAUAAGCUGAGGCAUGCAGAAAACACCGGAAGAAGGUUCCACAGAAAUGGUGCAAAUGGAGAUUCCUUCUGGAGAUCUCUGUCCUGGAGCAAAAGACUUGGAAAGCUAACGCAGAGAGUCUCCACUGGUGGGUUAAGUAGGCUUACCCACUGACCAUGCAGGCCUGGGGCAGAGAACGUGGGGCCAGAGAAGAAGAAUGGGGGAAAACAUUAGAGGCAGCCUCUGUACCAACCGUCUAUCCCAUCGUUCUGCUCCUUCUGCCAUCCUGGGAUGGCCUCAGAGAAGGCAAAGUGAAACCCUUGUCUUAUCUGAAUUUUGAGGAAGUGUCUGGUGAAUAAUAUCAGGAACAAUAGCUUACAUCUGAGGAGCACACCACACUCCUCACAGACUAUUUGCUUAAAGAAUCUCACUGAAAUCAUGCAAGUGCCAAGUUAGCUAUCCUGGCCAGGAAUCGUUAAGCCCACUCUCCUUUCGGAUUGGGAUGCUGACACGUGGUGAGGGAACAUAACCGUCUGUGACUUGUGGCUAGAACCGCAAGCAGCAGGAUCUUCUGACUACUGAUCCAUCCAGGUUGUUACUCUCAGCUUUUGAUAAAACGCCCCUGUUUCUGCUCUCUCCUCUUCUGUCUCCAGAGGGCUGUCUGU